UUCGAGAAUUCAACAACACUGUGCUAUAAAACCCUUUAUCAGUUAUUCUGGAGAGUCUGUUAAACAGCCUGGCAGAAAGUCACUGCCAGGAGGUUGGCGUGCUCGGAGGAUGGCAUCUCAGCUUCACCAGCUGCAUUUUAAUGUGAAGGGGGAGUUUCCAUCAAGGGGCCCUGCUGAAAGUGUAGAGCUGUAAGCUGUUUAGGCUUCAGAGAAAACUAAGUGUCAGAGAGAGAACAGAUGAAUCUGAAGACCAUCAGCUUCACUGAUAGAUCAGCAUGGCUGCCGUGGACGUAGACACAUACCCUACUGAGGAAAAGAGGACUCUGACUCUCGGCGGCCAUGUUGGUUUUGACAGCCUCCCAGAUCAGCUUGUUAGCAAAUCAGUGUCUCAAGGCUUCUGCUUCAACAUCCUCUGCGUGGGUGAAACUGGGAUUGGAAAAUCAACAUUAAUGAACACUCUGUUCAACACAAUCUUUGAAAACGAGGAGGCCAGUCACUAUCAGAGUGGUGUGUAUUUACGAGCCAGGACGUAUGAGCUGCAGGAGAGCAACGUGGACCUCAAGCUGACGAUCGUCAACACCGUGGGGUUCGGUGAUCAGGUCAAUAAAGAAGAGAGCUAUAAACCCAUUACGGACUACAUUGAUGCCCAGUUUGAGAAUUUCCUCCAAGAGGAGCUGAAGAUUAAACGUUCACUCUUUAACUACCACGACACGAGGAUCCACGCCUGUCUAUACUUCAUCUCUCCUACAGGCCACUCGCUCAGAUCCCUCGAUCUGGUCACCAUGAAAAUGUUGGACAGUAAGGUAAACAUCAUUCCCAUUAUCGCUAAAGCAGACACAAUCUCCAAAUCUGAGCUUCAUAAAUUCAAGAUUAAGAUCAUGAGUGAGCUUGUCAGCAACGGCGUUCAGAUUUACCAGUUCCCCACAGACGACGAAGCUGUUGCAGAAAUCAACUCCUCCAUGAACGCUCAUCUGCCGUUUGCUGUGGUGGGAAGUGGAGAGGAGGUUAAAGUGGGAAACAAGCUGGUGAGAGCCAGGCAGUACCCAUGGGGAGUGGUACAGGUGGAGAAUGAGAGCCACUGUGAUUUUGUGAAGCUGAGGGAGAUGCUGAUCCGGGUGAACAUGGAGGACCUGCGAGAGCAGACACACGCACGUCACUAUGAGCUGUAUCGCCGCUGCAAACUGGAGGAGAUGGGCUUCAAAGACCCAGACGCUGACAUGCAGCCAUUCAGUCUGCAGGAAACGUACGUGGCUAAGAGGAGAGAGUUUGUCGCAGAGCUGCAGCGCAUGGAGGAGGACAUGCGCCAGAUGUUCGUCGUCAAAGUAAAGGAGACGGAGGCUGAGCUGAAGGAGAGAGAGCGUGAGCUGCAUGAGCGUUUCGAGCGUGUCAAGCGUAUGCACCAGGAGGAGAAGAAGACUUUGGAAGAGAAGCGCAGAGAGCUAGAGGAGGAGAUGAACUCCUUUAACAGGAGGAAGAUGGCGGCUGAAACACUGCAGGCUCUCUCACUCCAGACCUCCAAAGACAAGAAAAGUUGAGUUAUUCACAUUGUAAAGCUGAGCUGAAGGAAUCAACAUUUUCACGUUUUUAUCAGGACAACAACAUCUAAUGGAGCAACGCCUCUUCUCCUUCUGUUAUUAAAUACCUGCUCACAGCACAAAUGUAAAUCCAGCAAUAAGUAACUUUUAUAUGAUCUGAUUAAUACUUCAACUGACUGGCACUUACACCGUACAUGCAUUAGUUACUCUGCACAUGCAUUAAUUACACUGUACAUACAUUAGUUACACUGUACAUACAUUAGUUACACAGUACAUGCUUUAGUUACGCUGCACACGCAUUAGUUACGCUGCACACGCAUUAGUUACCCUGCACAUGCAUUAGUUACACUGUACAUGCACUGGUUACCCUGCACACGCAUUAGUUACACUGCACACGCAUUAGUUACCCUACACAUGCAUUAGUUACACUGUACAUGCACUGAUUACCCUGCACACGCAUUAGUUACACUGCACACGCAUUAGUUACCCUACACAUGCAUUAGUUACACUGUACAUGCAUUAGUUACCCUACACAUGCAUUAGUUACACUGUACAUGCACUGGUUACCCUGCACACGCAUUAGUUACACUGCACACGCAUUAGUUACCCUACACAUGCAUUAGUUACACAGUA